CGUCUAUCCUGUAUUAUAUAUAACGGAGCUAUUUUAAAGAUAAGUGCUACGGUUGCAUGUUUUCAAUUUUGAAGUUGAAGCAUAGUUUGGAUGCCAAUGGCCCGCUUUCACACUCGUUCUCCCAUCAUUGUAUUCCUCACCGUGCUGUUCAUAGUGCAGGUUUGGAAAGUAUCCACACAUGCAGUUGAGGAUAAUGUGAAGUUUGUAGAGCUGCAGACUGAUGUGGGUGAUAACAGUUAUGGAGGAGUGAAGGCUCAUAUCGUGCAGACUGUGAUAAGGAAUGCAAUAGGAGAUGCUCCAAGGCAUCAUUGCAUAAUAGGUGUCUCAAGUACUGCAGAAUAUGCUGUGAGAAAUGUAACUGCGUUCCACCUGGUACAUAUGGCUACGGAGAUGUUUGCCCUUGCUAUGCCAAUUUGAAGAACUCCAAGGGUGGACACAAAUGCCCUUAGCACAUUAUCAUAGCCAUAUAAUAAUCCCCAUUCUUUCCUUGAGAAUGGAUGAUAUUUUAUUAAAUUUAUGUUCAAUCUUUGAAUUCAUAUUUUAAUGUAAAAAUUGUUCCA